GGGGGUUGGUUGGCUGGUUGGUUGUAUGUGAGAAGGUGCUGUGACGGUAGCCUAGCUGGCUUUUGUGGAUGUGGAGAAAGUGACGGACAGUGGGGAUUGGGGGAAACGGCAAGAGGAAGAGGGAUUAGAUAAAAUUGACAGAUAUGUCGGAAAGGAUCGCAUCGUGUGGAAGCCUGGAUAACGCCUCCCUCCUGCUUCAAUAUUGCAACGAUGAUCACCUGUCUGGGGGGAGCACCAUGGAGGUGGAUGACCGUCUGUCUCACCUGGAGCAGCGGCUGCAGCUGCAGGAGGACGAGAUCCAGCUGCUGAAGGCCGCGCUGGCAGACGCGCUGCGCAGGCUCGGGCACUACGAGGAGCAGACGCAUCCUGGGCCACGCAGGCCUGCUCCCACCAAAGUCCGCCAGCUGUUGCAAGCCUUACCCUCCAAGCCUGUCAGCAAUGGCUACGUCCAGCAGAAGAGACUUGGGGGGUACCCCUCCUCGCCCUCCUCCCCCAAGAAGGAGGUACUGAUGUCCAUCAAAAGGAAGAGCAUGUCCACCGAGCGUCUGUCCACCUCCCGGAGGGACCUCUCGGACCCACGCAGCAGGACCACCUCCUCCAGCAGCUCCGGCGGAGGGAACAAAAACAGCAAGACCAAAGAAUGCACACUCAACGCAGAUGAUGGAUACGUGCGCAUGUUCCUGCGUGGCCGUCCGGUCACCAUGCACAUCCCUGAUGACCUGAAGGACAGUUACAGCCUCGACCAGAAGAUGGCGCUGCCUGACCGCAAGCUCAAACUGCAGUGGGUAUAUGGGUACAGGGGCAGAGACUGCCGCUCCAACCUCUACCUGCUGCCCACGGGCGAGAUCGUCUACUUCAACGCCUCCGUGGUGGUGCUGUACAACGUGGAGGAGCAGCAGCAGCGCCACUACCUGGGACACAACGACGACGUGAAGUGCUUGGCCAUCCACCCAGACAUGGUCACCAUAGCGACGGGACAAGUUGCCGGAACCUCUAAAGAUGGCAAGGCGCUGGCUCCACAUGUGCGCGUGUGGGACUCGGUCAGCCUCAACACCCUUCAUGUCAUCGGGACGGGCGUGUUUGACCGCGCCGUCACCUGUGUGGCCUUCUCUAAAUCGAACGGAGGGGCACACCUGUGCGCUGUGGACGAUGCCAACGACCACAUCCUGUCUGUGUGGGACUGGCAGAAGGAGAAGCAGCUGGCUGACGUGAAGUGUUCGAAUGACUCCGUGCUGGGAGCCGCCUUCCACCCCAUGGAGGCCAACCUGAUCGUCACCUGGGCGAAAUCCCACAUCAACUUCUGGACCAUGGAGGGCAGCACUCUCACCAAGAGACAAGGCCUGUUUGAGAAACACGAGAAGCCCAAGUACGUGCUGUGUGUGGCAUUUGCUGAAAAUGGAGACGCCAUCACGGGAGACUCGAGCGGAAACAUCUACAUCUGGGCCAAAGGUGGGCACAAGAUCAGUUAUGCGGUCACAGGUGCUCAUGAGGGCGGGAUCUUUGCCCUGUGUGUGCUGAAGGACGGGACGCUGGUGUCGGGCGGGGGCAAGGACCGCCGCGUGGUCCAGUGGGAUCACGAGUACCACAAGAAGAGUGAGAUUGAGGUUCCUGAGGCGUUUGGGCCAGUGCGCUCCCUGGCUGAGGGGAAACAGGAGGAGCUGUUUGUGGGCACGACCCGUAACGCAAUCCUGCAGGGCUCCCUCUCUGGGACGCUCUCACCCAUCGUACAGGGUCACACAGACGAGCUGUGGGGUCUGGACGUGCAUCCCAGCCUGGAGCAGUUUGUGACGUGCGGCCAGGACAAGCAGGUCCACCUGUGGGACACCAUCUCACACCAGCCCCUCUGGAGCAAAGCCAUCGAGGAUCCCGCUCGUUCUGCAGGGUUCCACCCCAGUGGUGCUGUGGUGGCCGUGGGAACCAUGACUGGAAGGUGGGUGGUGCUGGACACUGAGACCAGGGACCUGGUGUCUGUGCACACUGAUGGCAAUGAGAUCAUCUCUGAUGUUAAGUACUCCCCAGAUGGAGCGUACCUGGCUGUGGCUUCCCACGACAACUUUGUGUACAUCUACUCCGUGACAGACAACGGCAGGAAGUACAGCCGUGUGGGAAAAUGCACUGGACACUCCAGCUUUGUGACCCAUUUGGACUGGUCCGCUGACAGCCAGUUUAUUGUCACCAACUCAGGAGACUACGAGAUUCUAUUCUGGGAAGCGUCCAGUGGCAAACACAUCACCAGCAUGGAUGCCGUACGCAACCUGGAGUGGGCCUCCUCCACCUGCGUCCUGGGAUUCGGUGUGUUCGGCAUCUGGCCAGACGGUGCUGACGGAACAGACCUUAACGCCGUGUGCAGGUCACACGAUGGUGCUUUAUUGGCCUCCGCCGACGACUUUGGCAAAGUGCACUUGUUCUCCAGCCCCUGUUCCCAGCCCAGGGCUCCCAGCCAUCAGUAUGGCGGCCACAGCAGCCACGUAACCAAUGUUGCCUUUCUCCAUGACGACAGUCACCUCAUCUCAACUGGAGGGAAGGACACAAGCAUCCUGCAGUGGGGGCUAGCUUAGCCUAACCUAGCCCUAGCGCUAGCACUAGCCUGGAAAAUCUGCUGCAUCUUCACUGUAGCCUCCUGCCCAGCAGAGGGCAGCACUGCUGUGCCUAAUCCCCCCCAUCACCUUUUAGUCCUCUCAGCGCCUGUGUAGCUGUUUGAGUGUUCUGCUGAAGCGCCACCAGAGGGAGCACUGGAUCAGGAAGAGAAGCAUGACAGUCCUGACAGUCCACACUAUUUAAAGGCUAUUUAAGAAAUUCCAGUUUUAGCUGCUAAUUGCUGUCGUGUUGCAGAGGCCCGCUAGAGAUAUAUACAGUACAUGUGAUGCAGUAAUAUAAUUGAGUGACCAUGGUAUUUUAAUAUCCAGAAGUGACGAAUGUAGUUGUGGCACCUUAUUUGCAUUCCAUAGUUAGAAGUUGAGCUUAAGCUGUGCUUUGCCUUUUCGGUUUUGUUAAUAAAGUUUUUACGGGGACCUGAA